AUGCCUCCGCAGCAGGAGGGCGAGGCUGGAUACAUCAGCAAGCCGGUGCCGGGUGGCUGCGAGGUGCCGCCGGUGCCUCCGCGCAGGGUACGCAGCGGCCGGGCGGCGGCGGCGCUGGGGGUGGCGCUGGGCGGCCGCUGCCGGGCGGCGGGGGCUGGAGCCGCCGUGGGGGCCGGAGCCGGGGCCGGAGCCGGAGCGGGGAUCGAGCCGCGGCGCAGCAUCAAGUGCGUGCUGGUGGGGGACGGCGCCGUGGGGAAGACCAGCCUGGUGGUGAGCUACACCACCAACGGGUACCCCACCGAGUACAUCCCAACCGCCUUCGACAAUUUUUCCGCUGUCGUGUCUGUCGAUGGCAAGCCGGUGAGACUUCAGCUCUGCGACACAGCUGGUCAGGAUGAAUUCGACAAGCUCAGGCCUCUGUGCUACACCAACACGGACAUCUUCUUGCUAUGCUUCAGCGUGGUGAGCCCUUCGUCCUUCCAGAAUGUGAAUGAGAAGUGGGUUCCUGAAAUCCGGUGCCACUGCCCUAAGGCGCCUAUUAUCCUGGUUGGGACACAGUCGGACCUCCGGGAGGAUGUCAAAGUUCUCAUCGAGCUGGACAAGUGCAAAGAAAAGCCAGUCUCGGAGGAGGCUGCGAAGCUCUGUGCUGAGGAAAUAAAAGCUGCGUCCUACAUCGAGUGCUCUGCUUUGACUCAGAAAAACCUCAAGGAGGUCUUUGAUGCCGCCAUUGUGGCUGGUAUUCAGUACUCAGAUACCCAACAGCAACCAAAGAAAUCCAAGUGUAGGACUCCAGACAAGAUGAAAAACCUCUCUAAAUCCUGGUGGAAAAAAUACUGUUGUUUUGUAUAGGAGUUGCAAGGACCUGAGUACUGCUCUGAGGAAAUGAAAUAGAGGCUAUAUUAGCUGAAAU